CAACAUUUCACCAUGACUCAAGCCAGGGACCGCAGCGUACUUUCUUCUGUUCAACACUGCGAUCUUCACCCUCGUCAGGGAUCUCACUCGCUUUGACUUAUUCGUAGACACCGCUCUACCUGCGCGCCUCUCGGCAUACUCGUCAGAAUCGCGGAAAUGGCCCGCGCUCGCCAUGCUCCGUCGAAUACGAUCGUGAUCAAGCUCGGAACCUCCUCCAUUGUUGAUGAGAAGACACAUCAGCCGCUGCUGUCCACUCUUUCCGCGGUAGUUGAGACCGUGGUGCACCUCCGGGCGCAAGGACACAAAGUCGUGCUCGUCAGCUCAGGUGCGAUCGGCGUGGGGCUGAGGCGGAUGAACAUGCCCCAUCGUCCGAAGAGCCUGUCAGGGAAGCAGGCGUUGGCUGCAAUAGGUCAGGGCCGACUCAUCGCGCUGUGGGACGAGCUCUUCGGACAUUUAGAGCAACCCAUCGCUCAAGUGCUGCUCACAAGAGGGGACAUCUCGGAUCGCACGCGAUAUCUGAACGCUGUCAACACCUUCAAAGAACUACUGUCCAUGGGCGUUGUACCCAUCGUUAACGAAAAUGACACAGUGUCCGUCAGCGAAAUCAAAUUCGGUGACAACGACACACUCUCCGCUAUCACCUCUUCGAUGAUACACGCCGAUUACCUCUUUCUGCUGACAGAUGUGGAUGGUCUCUACACGUCCAAUCCCAGAAAAGACCCAGAUGCGAAGCAGAUCGAAGUUGUAUCUUCGAUCGCCGCUAUUCGCUCGCAAGUCAGCACAGCAACAUUAGGCUCUAGUCUCGGCACCGGAGGUAUGGAGACGAAGCUCAUCGCAGCUGAGAUCGCGACAGCUGCUGGGGUAACAACCAUCAUCAUCUCUAGCAAAGACCCGAAAAACAUCUUUAAGAUCAUUGAAUACAACAAUGCUCUGAAGUCGGGCACCUCAACUCCCGCAGAAUUGGCGUCAGGACGAUCCAGUCCAGCUCCCUCAGCCUCCCAACCAUCACCAGCUCCAGCGGAUAGCACAGCGAUCGCAACGCUGCCAGUGAUGCCCCGACCGCCACACACUUUGUUUAGGCCUUCGCCCACGCCUCUGCGUGAUCUAAAGUCCUGGACAAGUCAUACGCUGUUCCCCUCGGGGAGCGUCAUCAUCGACAGCGGCGCACAUCAAGUGCUGUCCCACCGCGAGUCCGGCGGUCGGUUGCUCCCAGCAGGUGUGCUCGGUGUGCGGGGAGCCUUCGCGUCAGGACAGGCAGUCCGAAUCGUCAUCCGGCGGCAUGCGCCGGGCAGCACGACGCUCCCGGAAGAGCAAGAGUGCCGCCGCAUUGCCUACGCGGACGGGUUGGCGACGUCGGCACCGAACACGCCGAUAUUGGGGGCGGCUGCCUCUGCGUCGUCGUCCAUCUCCAGUCUGGAUCCCGAGCUGGGUAUCCCGACGCCACCGUUAUCUACGGUUGAUGAGGAAAUGACGCCGUCGGCUUCCUUGAGGCUGUUGCCAGAGGAAGAACCUACGCUUCUCGAGAAGCCCGCGGAUGAAACCGAGGCAUGGGAAGUCGAGGAAGUUGGACGUGGUCUUGCUAACUAUAAUUCGGCGCAAAUCGCAAGAGUGAAGGGGUUGAAGAGCUCGUACAUCCCGCAACUUUUGGGCUAUGCUGAUUCUGAAUACGUGGUGGAAAACAUUACUGUACGAGUACCGCCAUAAUUUGGGGGCUGGGAAAGACUCGGGUCGUGCGAUUAUAGAUUAGAGUUAGACGCCAUAGCGCCGUAAUGCUGAACUCCCGAACAGAGAUUAAACAGCCAUCCUGAUAUCUACCCCUCGAACGUGCCUCACUGUAACCAAUGCUGAGAGCAUUCGC